AAAAAUAAUUGGGAGGUGCGCGGUUCGCGGAGCAGGGUGUGUCCCUCGUUUCAGUGAAAGUAAUCGCAUACAUCGCGAAGCGGACAUUUCCUAUAAAAACACCGACCCACCGCAUUAAGGCACACUCGACCCGAAACUAUCAUCAGGUACAAUGAAGAGCUUCGCGAUAAUAUUGUUGGCGACUGCCGCGUUGGCAGUUUCCAUAGAAGAUCCGAAGAAACAAGACAAGAAAUAUGACAAGCGAAGUCUGUCAGGUGAUCUCGGUAUUUCGAGUUACGGCUUAGGUCUUUCUGGAUAUUCAGCUGGACUCGGCUCAAGUGUACUCGGGUCGGGACUGUCCGGAGUCACCGUAGGUAACAGUCUGGCCUCCGCCUAUGCAUCUGGACUAGGAUAUGGAUCUGGAUCUGGACUAGGCUAUGCAUCUGGACUAGGAUAUGGAUCUGGAUCUGGACUAGGAUAUGCAUCUGGAUAUGGAUCUGGACUAGGAUAUGCAUCUGGAUAUGGAUCUGGACUAGGAUAUUCAUCUGGAUAUGGAUCUGGAUCUGGAUUAGGAUAUGUAUCUGGAUACGGAUCUGGAUCUGGACUAGGAUAUGCAUCUGGAUAUGGAUCUGGAUCUGGACUAGGAUAUGCAUCUGGAUAUGCAUCUGGAUUAGGAGGAUACAGCUCUGGAUUAGGAUAUGGAUCUUUCGGCGAUUCCGGCGUCGCCGUCGGCAGUGGUUCCUUUAAUAGUCUGAAUGUGCUACCGAGUGUCGCACAUACCAAGACUCAGCGCAUCACCGGCGUCACCGUUCAUCGUGAGAUCCAAGUGCCGGUUCCGGUGCCACAACCGGUCCCUGUCGAAGUUACCAAGCACGUACCCGUUCCGCAACCCGUGCCCGUCAAAGUCGAUCGUCCGUAUCCAGUUGAAGUACCACAACCAGUACCUGUCGAAGUCACCCGUCACGUGCCCGUAAAAGUUGACCGACCCUACGCGGUCCCGGUGCCGCAGCCCAUCCCGAUCCGUGUGCCGCAACCAGUGCCAGUCACAGUGGCACAGCCAGUACCCGUUCCUGUCUCUGUCACGAAACACGUGCCGGUGUCCGUGCCAUCUGUUAGCGUCGUACCGUCGACUUUCAGCGUCGCGCCGUCGACUUUCAGCGUCGCGCCGUCCACUGUCGGCGUCGUGCCGUCAUCGAUCGCUGGCGUCUUCUCAUCCGGGCUCUCAUCCGGGCUUGCAUCCGGAUUCUCAUCCGGGCUUGCAUCCGGAUUCUCAUCCGGGCAAGAAUAUGCCGAUCUGGGAUCCAGCCACUUGGGAUCUAUCUCGGGUGCGACUCUUAACUCCGGUUUAGAGAGCGGCGUUGUCUCCGGCAGUGUCCUUAGCAGCGAUUUCGGAUCCAGCUUUGGAUCCAGCUUCGGGUCCGCCAACUCUGUGUUGGCACCGUCUCACAAUUUCGCAUCCGCAAUACCAAUCAAAUCAACCAUUGUAAAAAAUUGGUAAAUUUAAGUCAAUAAUCUGAUUAAACUUGAUGUAUUUUUAAGGCGUCUCUUGAGUGCAGUUUAUGAAUUGAACGUGCAGAAUACCGAUUGUAUCAUACAUGUUGAAUAAAUUUAUAUUUUUCUACCCUAUAA